AUGUCACAUGUUUUUGACAAUGAUGGAAUACCGGACCUCGCUCGGAGCAAACUGCAAGCAGCAGCACAGCGGAAGAUCCGAGGGCAUCGUAAUGCAUAUGCUCAGCACGUCCCGCCAAAGGCCUUUCUUCCCAUCAUCGCCAGCACUGAUGGAAUCUUGCAGGACGAUGCGUUGCGCUUUGUUCUGUGCCACGGUGAUCCGACUUGUAAACGCAUCCGGUCCAGGAUCUUUCGUCAGCUCAAGGCCUCCCUGUCCUUCGGGGCCUCCUCGACUCUCCUGAUUGUCCUCGUACUGAUUUUAACUUAA